AUGACUCCUGAAGCAAUUGACUUGACUGGCGCCUCGCCACUGACAGCAGGCAUACCGCCUCCUGUGAUGAAAAGAGAACAACCUCUACCACUAGCUACUGUCCCUCGAGAACAGACAUCGAAACAGAGCGCCUACUUUCUGUAUAAGAAGGAGUGUCGCCUGGCCUGGAUCAAGUACCUGGGCCUCCUAGGAAGGGUCAAACUCCGCGAGGGACUUGACGGGCUCCCAUUUUUCACGGGAUGCCCCCUGAGCUCCUGA